AUGGGAACACCAGAGUCCUUGGCUCAGCCCGCCCUGCCAGACCUGGUGUCCCCAGAGACCCCCGGAGCCCUGCACACCCUUUUCUUGGCCACCGGCGGUGCAGGGGGCUCCUGGGCGCGCUGCAUCCUGCCCUUCGGCGCCCUGGCGGUGCUGGCCGGGGCAGCUGGCACCGGCAUCACCUUCUCGCUGUGCGGGCCCUGCCUGGAUCUGGCUCAGAGCAUGUCGUUAGCUGCUCUUGGCGCGGGCCUCGGGCUCCUGACCGCCACCUUUCUGUGCUGGCGCUCCCGGCGGCGGCGGAGGGCUGGGCUUGUGGAGCGGCGAGAGCCCGGGGCACCCUAA